AUGGCCCCGUUAUCGCGUUCCCGUUGCUGGACGUUCUGUCUCUCACUGAUUCUGAUCACUCUCGUCGUCAUCAUUCCCAUCUACACCUCAUUUCUAAUCGUCUCUGGACUCGUCCGUCGUCACAUCCAACUCCCUCUUUCAGUCGGUCUCUGGCUUGUCUUUAUCUAUUUCUUCUGGAAAAUUGGCGAUCCGUUUCCGAUGCUCAGUCCGAAGCAUGGAAUCUUUACCAUUGAACAAGUCAUCUCCAGAGUUGGAGUCGUUGGAGUCACUAUUAUGGCGGUGCUCUCCGGAUUUGGAGCUGUCAAUGCUCCGUAUUGUUAUAUGACGUUUUUUACGAGACCGGUCGAAGACUUCCAUGUGUGUCAACUCGAGAAGAAACUCACUCACACGAUGGAUCUGAUCGUGUUGAAAAAGAGAAAAGUGGCACGAUAUAGUCAGGAGAAGAAUCGACUGAACGAGGGGAAAACUCAGAAAGAAACCACAUUUUUCGAGCGAUUAUUCGAUAAUUUCAGUGAGAAGAGCAGCGGAUCCACGUUGGCGUCACAGAUUGAACGUCUCCAAGAGGAGAUCACACCACUGGAGACGCUUGCCCGAUUCCUAUUCCUAGAUCUCGUAGAACUUCGUCAAAUGUUGAAUCGAGUGGAGUUUAGCAAGACAUUCAUGGGCAUCUACUUCAACAUUCUCGGCCAUUUCUUCUCCAUUUAUUGCAUCUGGAAAAUCUUCAUCUCAUUCAUCAACAUCGUGUUCGACCGUGUCGGAAAAGUCGACCCAGUGACGAAAACCAUCGAAAUAGGUGUCCAUUGGAUGGGUAUUCCGUUGGAUAUCUCAUUCUGGUCACAGUAUAUUUCAUUCUUUUUGGUCGGUGUCAUUGCUGUCACCUCGGUUCGUGGUCUUCUUAUUACUAUGGCCAAAUUCUUCGUUUCGAUUAGUAAUUCCACGUCAUCACUCUCCAAUAUUAUCGCCUUGUUGAUGGCUCAGAUUAUGGGAAUGUACUUCGUGUCGAGUGUCCUUCUGAUGCGAAUGAACGUGCCCGAAGAGUAUCGAACGAUUCUGACACGAAUUCUCGGAGAUCUGAAAUUCAACUUCUAUCAUCGAUGGUUCGACGUGAUAUUCUUGAUCUCCGCGGUGUCGUCGAUAGUGUUUCUGACGUUGAUUCACAAAUCUGGAUCCUCAAUGUUUAGAGCUUGA